AUGAAUGAUAAUAUCAAACAAACGAAUGAUAACAUGAACGAUAGAUUUGAUGCAAUAGAAGAAACAAUUUGCAAUCGAUUUGAUGGAAUAGCAUCAGGUAUAGACUAUAUAAAAUCUCAAAAGAAUAAGUCAGGUGAUGUGCAAGUGCAAAAGAUUGACCCAAGUGAAUUAGUGGAUCCUACAACUCAAACAAAUAAAGGCAAAGUCUGUAAAAAGAUUUAUAGAUCAAGUAUAGAAGUUUCAUGUAAGCCUAUUGAUUGCGAAUAUGAAACUGAACUGGCAAUCCUUGGCAAACUAGCUCUAUCACCUCAAAUUCUUAAGUUUUAUGGUUGCUCAGAAAUCAAUAACUCCAAAGUAUUAGAAAAUUUGAACGUAAAACUUGGAAAUUUCGGAUAUGCGCGCGAAGUAGAUGGUAUUUCUACAAAUCUUUCAAAUAUGGCACCAGCUAUUGUUCGCUGGAUGGCUCCUGAGUUAAUCAAAAAAUAUAUUAGUAACAAACUUGAAAAAAAAGUAUAUACAUUUAAUUGUGAAAUGUUCAGUCUUGGAAUGCUCUUAUGGGAACUUUGUUACGAAAAGUUGCCUUACUGUAAUUGGAAUAUGAAACAAAUUUCUGAUCAUGUUUUGGAUGGUAAACGAGAAAAGAUUUUAAUAGGAAAAACUUUUAAAACUCCUAAUGAUAAUAAAAUUCAAUUAGAAUUUAUUCAAAUCAUUCAAGAUGCAUGGUGUCAUCAACAAGAAUUACGAAUAACUAUUACUAAACUAAACCAAAAACUUGAAGAACUAGCCACAAAAUUCCCAAUUUCUUUUGGUGUUCCACAACUUUUUGAAGAUCAAGAAUUGGAUUUUGAUGGACAGAGGUCUGAACCUUUGCCAAAUUUUGAUGAUAAUCCCGAAAUUCCUGAAAUUCCUGAAGAUGAAGCUGAAGAAGUUGACGACAAACCUGCCCUAAUACCUCUUGAAGAGGGUACAAAGAUGCAUCAAAAUAAGAAGUAUAAAGAUGCAUGGGAAUGUUUCAAACAAAAUGCUGAACUUGAUAAUCCAGUAGCAAAAUUCUGGCUAGGAUAUUACUUAUUUUACGGACAUCAUGGAGAAAAAGAUCCAAUUCAAGCCAAAAAGUAUUUCAAAGAAGCUGCUGAUGAAAAUAACCAUGCGGAUUCACAGUGUAGAUAUGCGGUUUUAUUGCUUGCUGACCUUCCUAAAGUAAAUAAUGAGGCUAAAAAAAAAGAAUUGAAAAAAGAAAUUCUGCAUUAUUUUGAAUUAGCAGCUACUGAUAAUCGAAAUAUUGAUGCAAUGUAUUAUCUGGGAGACAUUUAUGUGAGUGGAAAACUUAAUGUGAGGAGGGAUGAAGAACGCGGGUUAAAUUAUUUAAAAUUAGCUGCCGCUAAUAACAAUGAAAGAGCGAUCAAUCUAUUAAAGAAGUUGGGUAAAUGGAACAUAUAG